CGGAAGUGGUAGGUCUCCAUUCAUGUGAUGUCGCUGCCUGUGAUCUUGUAGAAUUUAACCAACAAGAUCGCAUUUUUGCGUUAUAGUUCCUCAGUGGGAGGAUAUUAAUUUUUAAUUGUACAUAAUUAUAAAUAAAAUCUCUCUCAUUCCCCUGUACGUCCAGAUUAAACAUGCUACGCGUGAGAUCUGUCAUCUGGCAGUCUUGGAAGGGGUUCAAGACCUUCCCGUGUGCAGCUGUGGAGGUGAAGAAUGAGCCCAUUCUGGGGUUCAGAGAGGGCAGUAAAGAGAGAUUAGAACUGGAGAAGGCAUUACAAAACCUGAAGGGAAAGACAGAAGAGAUUCCAUGUGUGGUUGGAAAUGAAGAAGUCUGGACCAAAGAUAUCAGAUACCAGCUGUCUCCGUUCAACCACUCUCACAAAGUGUCCAAGUUCUGCUAUGCUGAUAAGGAGCUGAUGAAUAAAGCCAUUGAGGCCUCGGUCGCUGCUCGAAGGGAAUGGGAUCUUAAACCCGUUGCGGAUCGAGCCCAGAUCUUCUUCAAAGCUGCUGACACCAUCAGUGGACCCAAGAGAGCAGACGUUCUGGCCAAGACCAUGAUCGGACAGGGUAAGACUGUGGUCCAGGCUGAGAUUGACGCUGCUGCAGAACUCAUUGACUUCUUCAGGUUCAAUGCCAAACAUGCGAUGGAGCUGGAGCAGCAGCAGCCGUUAGACAGUGAUGGAAGUACUAACACAAUGCUGUACCGUGGACUGGAGGGAUUUGUAGCCGCUGUUGCACCAUUUAACUUCACAGCGAUUGGUGGAAACCUGGCCGGCACCCCUGCUAUCAUGGGUAACGUGGUGUUGUGGAAACCCAGUGACACGGCCAUGUCUGCCAGCUACGCCGUCUAUAAGAUCCUGAGAGAGUCUGGAUUGCCACCCAAUAUCAUCCAGUUCGUCCCAGCCGAUGGUCCGGUGUUUGGAGACACCAUCACGUCCUCCGAGCACCUGGCGGGCAUUAAUUUCACUGGCAGUGUGCCAACUUUCAAACGAUUGUGGAAACAGGUUGCCCAGAAUCUGGAUAUCUACAGGAAUUUCCCUCGUGUCGCUGGAGAAUGUGGUGGCAAGAACUUCCACUUUGUGCACAAGUCCGCAGAAGUUCAUAGCGUGGUGACCGGCAGCAUCCGCUCGGCGUUUGAGUACGGAGGACAGAAGUGUUCGGCCUGUUCCAGGAUGUACGUACCAGACUCACUGUGGCCUCAGAUCAAACAGCAGCUCCUGGAUGUGCUCAAACAGAUCAAAGUGGGAGACCCAGUUGAAGAUUUCAGCACGUUCUUCUCCGCAGUUAUUGAUGACAAGUCCUUCUCCAGGAUCAAGGGAUGGCUGGAACACGCCAAAACCUCUCCACAUCUGAAGAUCAUCGCUGGAGGAAACUGUGAUGAUAAAAAAGGAUAUUUCGUGGAACCCACCAUCAUUGAAACCACCGACCCACAGGAGAAAAUCAUGAAUGAGGUAUAA